UACCUCAUCAACCUCACUCAGAAAAACACAUUGAGCACGUCAAGCAAAGAGAAAGACUUUAAGCAAGUAAUACGAAUUCAAUUUGUGGAUGAAUUUGAACAGCGUAAUUAUGACGUUGGACUAUUUCAUCUUUGUGUUGACUACUUUUCUUAUGACUGGAGCUCAGAGUGAGGUAACAGAGGUGUUUGCUGAAGCAGGCUCUCAGGCUGUUCUCCCUUGUAAAUAUAGCUCCACAUCCUAUGAUUCUCCUGGCAUCCUCUGGAUUAAAACCAAUAAAGGCACUGUUUGGAGAAAGCAAAAGAGCGGUCUGCAGUUCUGGGGCUCUAGCUGGUCACAGAAAGGAAUCCAACGCGUACAUUGCCCCCACUCGCAGUUCGAAAGAGGCGACUACAGCCUGCAAAUCAACAGCGUGAGGGAGGAGGAUGGAGGAGUUUACUCGUGCACUGUGGAAGGCCAGGGUGAUGAAUACAUGGUCAUGCUCAGAAUCAUUAGAGUGUCCAUCUCUCCAUCGGUUCCCAUAUCGGGGAAAGACGUUUCAGUCACUUGCGACGUGACUCCCGGCCCUCAAGGGCCUACUGUGCAGUGGAUGUUGAACGACAGCCCAUUUUUACCUCAGACUGGAAUCCUUGAGACAAACGGAGAAACCUUCGAUAGCAUUGUGAGGGAAAAGGCAACUGCGAGGCUGACGGGAAACUGGACCUGUGUGGUGGGCUACAAGGGCAAAGAAGGGCGAGCUUCAGCAGCCCUGUCCGUGAAAGGAAUCAUUCAACCAGCCACUGACGACACCAAGGUGUAUGCUGCUGUGGGAUCUGCAGUCACACUCCCCUGUGUCUUCACCCCUGGGUUGAUCCCUGCCUUACCAGUCUGGGAGAAACUGCAACCCGUGUCCCAUUUAAAACCUGCUGCCAGUCGCCUUCCUGCCUCUUUUUCUCCAUCCUCACAGUCCUCUCAGGCCCCCUGGGACAAGUCCGCCAUUUUGAAAGAGGUUGGCUUAAAGGAUGAAGGCAGGUACAGAUGCUCUGGGACUGUACAAGGACAAAGGCUGGCUCGAAAUAUCCAGCUCAUCGUUGCCACAAUUGACAACAGUGUCCCGUCAAAGAAAAAGGGCGCUGGGACGCUGACCUGUCAACUGUCCGACACAAGCGAGGUCACUGAAUAUGAAUGGGUUCAUGUGACCUAUGACCCCAGUGCCACCCAGUCCUUCAGGUCCAUCCAGAAGGGAAAGACUCUGAGUUUAAACCAGGUGUCAGAGGAGAACUGGGGCGAAUGGGCAUGUCGGUUCUCGGGCAAAGAAGGCAAUUUGGGAAACAUAACAUACCAUGUUCAAAUGAUGAGCGGUUUGAGUGGACAAAAAUCAUCCGGUUUCUCAUAUACCACUGCUGCUGUGGUCGGGCUGAGCUUUCUCCUCCUUGUCCUGCUGUUGAUUUUGGCUCAGCUGUACAAGAACCACCAAAGGAGGAAAGGGAUCUUUCAGUAUCCUGCACUGGAGACGAUUGUUCAUACCAUCUCCAAUGAGCGGGAGGAGAGAGAGAGGAACCCGAUGAAAAAGUAAAGACACAAGAAAAACAAAUUCCAAAGUCCUAAAGUGAAAUCUGUCUGGAAAACUUUUUUUGCAAUCUCUUUUUUAAAUUUUUUAUUUCAUUUUACAAGCAGACGUUGUAGCAGUACUGUUGUAAUUGUUUUAAUAAAGAUGUAAAUUAAAUGUUGUAAAAUGUUGUAUAUAACCCUGAUCAGAUGUAAACUUAUUUUAUUGUUGCAUGUCUUGUACAUAUUGGGAGUGUUUUAUACAUAAAGUGCAUCUAACAGAAAA